AUGGCGUCUAGCGUGGAUGCAAAGCUGAUUCGGCGGACCAAGUUCCCCCCUGAGUUCAAUAAGAAGGUGGAUAUGACCAAGGUGAAUAUUGAGGUUAUGAAGAAAUGGAUCGCAAGUCAAAUCUCCAAGAUAUUGGGGAAUGAGGAUGACGUCGUUAUCGAGCUCUGUUUUGCACAUCUCGAGGGACCACGCUACCCCGAUAUCAAAUCUCUCCAAAUCCAACUCACCGGAUUUCUAGACAAAGAUACCCCCAAGUUCUGCCAAGAGUUGUGGUCGUUGUGUCUAAGCGGCCAGGCCAAUCCACAGGGCGUCCCGAAGGAGCUCCUGGAAGCUAAAAAGCUUGAGCUCAUACAAGAGAAGGUGAUACUCGAGGCCGAGAAAGCUGCCGAAGCACUUCGACGUCAAAGGGAACAAGACCAAAACCGCGAACGAGAGUUGGACGAUGAAGAGGUGGUGAUCGUGGUGAUCGCGGUGGCCGUGGAGCUCGAUCCUUCGGAGGACGAGACUUCAACAGACGACCUUCGCCUCCCGGAGACCGAGACCGCAGCCGAGACCGAUUCCGUGACCCCCCAGCUCGACGUGACUUUGAUUCAUACGUGCCGCCUGGUAAUCGUCGCGGCCGGCGUCCAUCCAGAUCUCCACACGGCACUCGUUCUUCAUCUCGAUCCCCAAAGCCCUCGUCACCAUCGCGCCGAAACCGCGACGAGCCACGCCACAGACGACGCGAACGCCGGCCCCGUUCCCCAAGCAAUUCAGUAUCUCCCGAUCGACGCAACCGCGGAGGAGCGAGAAGGCGCAGCAGUCCGGACUACGGUGACCGUGUUAAAGCAAGACCCAUUUCCCGCAGCCGUUCCCCGCGCUCACGUUCCCCCAGAGGAAACCGCCGCCGACGAAGCUCCGUUUCUCGCAGCCGCAGUGUAUCCUCGCCGCCUCACCACACCCGGCGCCAGGCAGACUCUCCCAAGUCCGUUUCUCCCGCGAUGUCCCGCCGCUCAUCUGGACGCUAUGCCCGAGACCGCGAUUCUCGUCGCUUGA